GAAAGUGUGUACAUAUUAUACGUAGAAAUAGAUUUUUUCUAGAUAUAAAGCACAAUUUUUCAAAUGUUUGGUUCGGCUUUUCUUGUGUUUCUGUGCCACCCUAUAUCGUAGAAAAAGCAAUUUUGAUAUCUUACGUGGUGGCCUUAUCUUAGGUGUAUCACUUUUGUGUUCUGAUCCAGACGGAGAAAGACAUGGCGGCGGUAAGGCGUGUCGCAGCAUACGGGCUUCAGGCAUUUGCUUUUCCUGGGAAUUCCUCUCUUCUUACCAGACAGCUUCAUGCUUCUCCGGGGAGCAAAAAAAUCGUCGGAGUUUUCUACAAAGCAAAUGAGUACGCUUCACUGAAUCCCAAUUUCGUCGGUUGCGUUGAAAAUGCAUUGGGAAUCCGCCAUUGGUUGGAAUCCCAAGGCCACCACUACGUCGUCACUCAUGACAAAGAGGGACCCGAUUCCGAGCUGGAAAAGCAUAUUCCCGAUUUACACGUGCUGAUCACCACUCCCUUCCAUCCCGCCUACGUCACUGCUGAGAGGAUUAAAAAGGCGAAGAAUCUGCAGCUGUUGCUCACGGCUGGUAUUGGCUCGGACCACAUAGAUCUCAACGCUGCGGCGGAUGCCGGACUUACGGUGGCGGAAGUUACCGGGAGCAACGUCGUCUCCGUCGCCGAGGAUGAACUGAUGCGUAUCUUGAUUCUCGUUAGAAAUUUCUUGCCCGGACACCAUCAGGUCAUCAAUGGGGAGUGGGAUGUCGCCAAAAUUGCUUACAGAGCUUAUGAUUUGGAAGGGAAAACGGUUGGAACUGUCGGUGCUGGUCGUAUUGGACGGCUUUUGCUCCAAAGGUUGAAACCUUUCAACUGUAAUCUUCUCUAUCAUGAUCGUCUCAAGAUGGAUCCUGAACUGGAGAAAGAGAUUGGUGCGAGUUUUGAGGAAGACCUUGAUGAGAUGCUCUCCAAAUGUGACAUUGUUGUCAUAAACACCCCUCUAACUGAUAAAACCAAGGGGAUGUUUGACAAGAAGAGGAUUGGGAAGAUGAAGAAGGGAGUGUUGGUGGUGAACAAUGCCCGGGGCGCAAUCAUGGACACUCAAGCAGUUGCUGAUGCUUGUUCCACUGGACACAUUGCAGGCUACAGUGGGGAUGUUUGGUACCCGCAACCAGCUCCCAAGGACCACCCAUGGCGAUACAUGCCAAACCAAGCCAUGACACCUCAUAUUUCCGGGACGACCAUUGAUGCACAGCUGAGGUAUGCUGCUGGAACUAAGGACAUGCUGGAGAGGUACUUUAAGGGUGAAGAAUUCCCUGCCCAGAAUUACAUUGUCAAAGAUGGAGAGCUGGCAAGUCAGUACCGCUAAAAUGCUUCUUUUUUGUUUCGCAUUGUUCUUGUUGUAUAAUCAAUAAAACAUUUGUAGCUUGGCAAGAACAUCUGUACUUUCUGGGUUCUUUCUUUCCCCUAUUGUGAUCUUGCUGUAGCAGCAUAAUAAAGUGAUCAAUCUCAAACUUCGAAUUUGGUCAUUCUUAAUCCUACUGUAUUAUUUUUAUUUUCUUCUCGAAUAAUGUGUAUUGCUUUCAUAUUUUACAAGCAUAUAAUCUUCCUACUAACAUGACAAUCAUGUAUACAUAUAUGAUAUGCAUAUGUAUAAACUAUGAAGAUAUACCGGGAGGCAGUGAAUGAACACUUUGUUUAGUUUGUUUAUAACAAA